CCUGGCCUCAGGUAGCAGGAGGCCACCGUGCGAUUGCUCGAGAUCCACGUCGGGGUCGCCGUCGUGGAGGCGCGGCUCCUCUAGCUGAAGGUCUUCUAGCUGCGUGAGGAGAACGACAGGCCCAGGAGUCGGAGCCCAGGUGGUCGAACUCUUCUUACACCUUCAGCGCAGCCCAUUCGAGGUUUCUGUGAUACUAGGAGAUGGAUAAUACAACGUUGAACAGGUCACAACACACAAGUGGGGCAGCAUUGCAGUUCAAGUUCGAGAUGUUGAAACGGAUUACUAAUAGUUUUUCUGAGGACUGUAUAAUUGGUUCUGGUGCAUAUGGAGUGGUUUACAAGGGAGUAUUGGACAAUGGGGUAAAGAUUGCUGUGAAGAAGCUUAUAUACAAGCCUCCAGAUCAUGACAGCAAGAAACAAUUUCAUAAUGAGUGUACUAACCUUAUGAGAGUCCAACAUCAUAAUAUUGUGCGGUUAGUUGGCUACUGCUACGAAACCUAUCAUCAAUUAGUUGAAUACGGUGGAAACUAUGUUUUUGCUGAGCAGAAUAAAAGAGCUCUGUGCUUUGAAUACUUGGAGGGUGGAAGCCUUGACAAACACAUCUCUGACGAGCCAUGCAGACUUGACUGGGACGUGUGUUACAAAAUAAUUAAGGGAGUCUGUGUGGGCUUAGAUCACCUCCACAAUGGAUACAAAGAAUCUAUUUUCCAUUUGGAUUUAAAAUCUGCUAAUAUAUUGUUGGAUAAAAACAUGAUGCCUAAAAUUGGAGAUUUUGGUUUAUCAAGAUUCUUUUCAACAAUCGAAACAUGUACAACAACAACACCUUUGGGAACAAUGGGAUACACACCACCAGAAUACGUCAACAAACAAGAAGUCUCACCUAAAUAUGAUGUAUUUAGUUUGGGUGUUGUAAUUAUACAUAUAAUGGCAGGACGCAAGCACUACUAUGACUAUGUGGAUACUCCAUCCAAAAUCAUUGAACUUGUAUGUGAAAGUUGGGGAAAAAGGCUACAUGCAACGAUGUGGUCACAAGCAUCACAAGAAGUUAAGACAUGCAUCGAAAUAGCGUUAAGAUGUGUGAAGUCUGACCGACAGGAAAGACCUACUAUAAGAAAUAUUGUUGAUGAUCUUAAUAGGAUUGACAUUGCAAAAUUGCCGCUUACUUACGAGGCCACUAGCUUACAAAGCAGGGAGGCCUUGGACUAUAACCGAUACACAACCUCAGUUUUGAUGGGGGUGCAUGACAAUGCCACCCUGCUUGAUUCAGUGGAGGAUAUAGACUAUAUACUUGAAGUUCCAAAGGUGGUAGGAGUCAAUGAUAGGUCGAUGCAUGACCCGCAUGAGUCCAUCUCCAUCAUGAGGGAUCCGGCGUCCCAUGCUAUUGGAGGCAAUGGAUCUAGAGCUAUUUCGCAGCCUCGAGAUGUGACCCACACAACUGAGGUCGACAUCUUCGACAAUGGCCAUCGUAGGAGGAACCCAAAUCUAAGGGCGGAAGGAAACAUUUAUACUCAUGUCACCAUGGAUACUAUUGGCAAUCUUUUUCAGUGGGCUAGAUCUACCAUUUCAUCCCAAUGGAGAGGCACACAGGAGAAAGUGUUCCACGAUGAAUUAUUUCGCCUUGAGAGUGGCCUACAACACCUUAUGGAUACUCUUCCCGCCAUGUAUGACCUCAUUGAUCGAGCUGAGUGGAGGAGCCACAAACAUCGUGUUGCUGAGUACCUCGCAAAACUCAAGGAUACGGUGUAUGAUGCCGAUGACCUUCUUGAUGAGUUCAGAUGGUAUAUGCUAAAGGUGAAAGUGGGGGGGAAUGGAAGGCAAUCUCCAUCCAUGGACUUCUUCAAUAACGUCAUUCAAGGAAGCUUUACCAAGUUAGUGAAUGGUAUCCAGGAUAGGCUGGGUAAUAUUUCCAGCCACCUUUUAAAUAUGGGAUUACAUCAAGUAACAAUACGGUUUGACAAAUCAGUCAGGCUAGAAACUAGCUCUUUUCCGGAUGAACCAGAAAUAUUUGGCCGUGACAUGGAGCUAGAGAUGAUAAUUCAAUUUCUAUGUGAACCUACAAAUAGUAGCAGCGCUAAGCCCAAAUCUCAGAAAGGAAAUAGUACAAUCGAUGUAUCAACAAGGACAUCAGCAAGUAACCAAGUUAGCAAUCAAUCAAGCAUAAUAAAUCUUAUCGUGUUACCAAUAGUUGGAAUUGGUGGUGUUGGAAAGACCACUUUGGCUCAACAUAUUUGUAGGCAUGGACGAGUGGAGUCUAAAUUUGACCUGAUAAUUUGGGUUUACGUAUCAGAUGACUUCGAUGUGAAGAGGUUAACUAAAGAGGUCAUAGAGUCCUGUACUAGAAAACAAGCAACAACUGAAAAUUUGAAUUCUCUUCAAAAUGUUCUUUCUGAUAUUGUGAGUAGGAAAAGAUUCUUGAUUGUCCUUGAUGAUAUGUGGGAUGAUGUUUUGAAGGAAAAUGGCCAGUGCUGGAAGAGAUUUUGUGCACCUUUAAAGAAUGCUCUACCAGAAAGUGUGAUGUUGGUCACUACAAGAUCUCAGAAGGUUGCUGACAGAGUGGGCACGAGGGGUCCCAUUCCAUUGGAAGGUUUGGAGCAUGAUGUCUUUUGGGAUUUCUUCAAACUAUGUGUGUUUGAAUCUAGGAGCUCCGGUAAUGAUGAUCCUGAGUUGGAGGGCAUUGGCAGGAGCAUAGUUCCUAAGUUGAAGGGUUCUCCUUUGGCCGCCAAAACUCUUGGACGGAUAUUAAGAAUGAACCUUCAAGCAGAACACUGGAAUGAUAUACUAGAGAGUGAACUGUGGAAGUUGAGGCAGCAUGAGACUGAAAUCUUGCCAGUCCUUCGGUUGAGCUACAUGUAUUUACCAUUCCACUUGAAGAGAUGCUUCUCAUUUUGUGCCGUGUACCCAAAAGAUUACAUAUUUCAAAAACGUUAUUUAGUUAAAAUUUGGGUGGCAUUAGGAUUUGUGGAACCUCAAGUUGACAUUCCUGUUCUAGAUAUUGGAUGUCAAUACUUUGAUGACCUUUUAUAUAGGUCCUUCUUUCAGGAAGUUUUUGAUGGAUACGUAAUCCAUGACUUGCUGCAUGAUAUGGCACAGAAAGUAUCAGAAGGUGAAUGCUUCAUCGUAAAAGGAACAAGUGACUUCGAAAAGAUUCCGCUAAAUGUUCGCCAUUUGUCAAUACUCUCUAGCAGAGACAUCAACUAUUCCCAUUUGUUGGGUCUACGUCAUUUCAAGAAGCUCCGUACCUUUCUGUGCGACAUGCAUUUGGCAAAUAAGGAGACUCCAGCUAGUUUAAUGGCAGAUUGGUGUGGUGAACUUCUGCGUCUGCGUGUGAUUGUUUUUGUCUCUACCCAUGAGUUACCAGCUAGUAUUGGUAACUUGAAACAUCUUCGGUUCCUUCAAAUCUCUGAAGAUUGCCCUUUCAAGAGUCUUCCAGCGGAGUUAUAUUCGCUCUAUAAUCUGCAGAUUUUAUGUAUCAAGAAAUGCAAGCUUGAAAGCUUGCCUACUGACUUCAACAAGCUGAUAUGCUUACAAAGAUUUGAAUCACAUGGCUUUCUCUGUUGUUCAAUAUUUAGAAGAUUUCAGAAAGAAGAUUUUUUUUACAGAGUAUCGGUUGAUGCAGACCUAGGAUUUAGGUUUAUCAAGAAUAUUAACCAACUCCGUGAAUUGUGGAUAUAUAAUAUUAGCAAGCCAAUAAGCAAGGAGGAGGCAUCAGAAGCCCAACUACACAAUAAGAAGUAUCUUGAAAAGCUGAUCCUGAAAUGGCCUUUGUUGAGGGAUCCAGAGGACAUUGACAUAGAAGUGCUUCGGUUUCUACAACCUCCCACCUGCCUCAAGUCUCUCUUCCUCCUUGGUUAUCCAGGUGUGUCACUUCCAUGCUGGUUUCAGCCACAGACUUUGCAAAGCUUAGCGUCACCUUCAUUUAUCAGUUUUGAUGGACUCAGGAGAUCAUCACUACCCAGUAUCACACAUCUAAUCAUUGAUGGGUGCAACAAUUUAUCAUGCUUUGAACCUUUUAUACAUCCAUCUUACAUACCAGCCCUCAAGAAAAUGAGAAUUAGAAAUUGCAAGAAGUUAGUAUCAAUAUCAGCUGAAAGAUUUGAGGAUUUCCGUUGCCUUGAAGAAUUGGAGGUGCAGGGAUGUCUAAAUAUAAAAUUCCAAAAUUUGGUUGCACCCUCUCUCAAGAGGCUUGUGCUGGGUAAGAUGAAUGAUUGGACUUACUCUGAUACCUGUGGAAAUCUCACAGACAAUGUCGAUUGCUGCUCCGUCACCUACUUUUUAUUGUCAUGCUUCUACCUCACAUCCAUCCAACUACAGAAGUGGAAUCUUCCAGCACUAAGGGAGUUGCAUAUUUUAGGAUGUGGAUCUCUUACAUCUAUUAUUGGACAAUCUGGACAGGUCAUCAGAGGUACUGGUGGCGUUAGAGCAUUCCCAUCUCUUACUUCCCUAACGGUUGACCUUUGUAAGCAACUGCCAACCAUUGACGAUCUCCUGGCAGAAGAAUAUCUACCUGUCAUCCAGAGAAUUCAUGUUAAACGUUGUUCUAAGUUAGUGUCCCUGCCUGGUGAAAGGUUUGGGAAGUUUUCUUCUCUGAAGGAAUUAGAGAUCUCUGCUUGCCGUAGUCUCAGCUGGACGAUGGGAUUUGUUUUACCAUCUUCCCUCCAGAUUCUGACUUUGCAUGAUUGUGGGGAUAUCUCUGCAUGGGUUCCCAGCUGUCUACAGAACCUUGCAUCCCUUGCUACACUAAAGAUUAGUGUAUGCCGGGAUAUAACAUCCAUUCCAGGCAACCUUUGGAGAACUAAUCUCACAUCACUUGAGAACUUAAGGAUUUCUGACUGUGAAGACAUUGUAUCAAUUGGUGGAGAAAACGCAAUUUCAGAAAUAAAAAAUGUGUGCAUUGACAGAUGUCCAAAGUUGGAGGAAAUAGUGCAGCCCAUGGAAAGGCAGCAGCGUAGAAUCAUGAGUCUGGAGCCAGCAGUCUUCCCCUAUGCAUGGUGAUUUGGCAGAAAACAUCUUACAUGCUUGCUCAAUAGAGCAUUCUGCUACAAAGGGAAGAAAGAGAGAAAAUGGUAGUAGUGGUGAAGAAGCUGGAGAAAUUAGCUCGUGCUCCACCACUGCUGUUGUGGCUGGAUCCUGCGUAGCUCCUAAAAAGCGGGCAAAGAUGCAGAUGGAGGUGGUGUUACAGAAUCAUCUUCGUGCUGAUGGAGAGACCUGGGAGAUCACUGGGCAGGACCUGGCGAGAACCUUGGAGGCAAAUGCUAUGCUUUAGGGUGAUGCCUAAGUUGUAGUCUGCUCUGGGACUCUGGGUCAGUCCGCUUGAGGAGGGGUUUCUGCUAGUGUUUUGUAAUGCGGUGUGGUCAGCCUUGGUUGUAAUGUUGGCCUUAAACCACGUGCUAGGUUUGGUAGUUUGGAGGCUGUGCUAUGAGCUCUCCCGAGACUUGUUAUGCUGAAUGAUGUA